AUGCUGCAGGAACUCUCGCACAUGGACCGUAUCACUCAACUUCAAGAUGAGAUCCAACGCCUCCUGACAAUCAUGUCAAGCACUAUCACCUACCUUACUGCCAGGUCUACGUUCCUGCAAGUCAGCGAGCGGAUACCUAUAACAAAGAUUCGCAAUCCGGAUAAGUACGAUGCCCCGGAUUAUUCGAAGGUGUCAAACAUGAACGAGCUCGUUCAAGAUCUUAUCGUUAAGGCAAAACAAAUCGAAUAUCUCAUUCAGUCGUUACCGGUCCCUGAACCAGAACAGCAGCAGGCAAACCGACUUCAAGCACUGGAACAACAAACGCAAGACGCAAAUGAAGAAUAUAUCCAAGCGGUCGACCGUGCCAAGAACCUCCAUCGAAAAAUAUCCGAAUUUCUGAGGACCAUGUUGGACAACGCUGAUGGUCCGGUCGAAUCCAUCCGCUGA